AUGUCGGUGUCUGUUCUGUCCGUAGUGUCCCGCUUCUUGGAGGAAUAUGUCAGCUCCACCCCGCAGAGGCUCAAGCUGCUGGACGCCUACUUGCUGUACAUCCUGCUGACCGGAGCCAUGCAGUUCCUGUACCGCCUGCUGGUGGGCACCUUUCCCUUUAACUCCUUCCUGUCCGGCUUCACCGCCUGUGUGGGCUCCUUCAUCCUUGCCGUGUGCUUAAGGAUCCAGAUUAACCCCCAAAAUAAAGGAGAUUUCCUGGGAAUCUCUCCAGAAAGAGCCUUUGCAGAUUUUCUCUUCGCCAGCACAAUUCUUCACUUGGUUGUCAUAAACUUUGUUGGAUGA